AUGGAUGGCACCCGCCUCUUCAACAAUUUUGUCAAUGGCGGCCGUUAUGCUCUCUUCUUCGGUAACAUUUGCCUGAAUACUGAACAGACGACCGGGGAACUGCUUGGAGGCAGCCUCGAACUCCUCGCCAGGUUCCGCAAGGUCAAUAGAGUAGACUCUGUCAGCACCGUUGAGAAGACAACACUCGGCAACUCCCAGACCAAUGCCGCGAUUUGCCCCGUCUUGCCCUUUAGUGUGAGAAUGGGCUGA